AGCAGAGCGGCAAAGCCUGGAUCUCAUCCGUGCGAAAAAAAUCUUUGACAAUCGUCACCAAACCGAGAUGAUGUCGAUGGUUGAUGGCACAUCCCGGCAGCAUCCGUGGUAACGGUCAGUAACCAGCCAACCAAGACGUCAACAGGACAGGGGAAUAACGUUGUUGACCUGCAACUGGAGUGAUGGCACCGUAUCUGCAGAGAGCUAACAACCCAUCACAUAAAACAAAGAAUUCAAGAAAACCUCGAGUUACCUUCCUACACUAAGUAAAGACCCAUCAUGUUUCGAUCCGUCAAGCUAACCCCUCUGCUCAGCAGGGCCAUGAACACCCGCAUCCAAGCGCUUCCCCCUCAUCACCAUCAGCUGAUUGCUUCUCUUUCCACAGUAGCCUCUGCCAAAAAUGCCACUGCUUCAUCUGCUGACAGGCUCUUCAAAGCUCGCCUGAAUGAACUACCACCCACAGGCUGCAUGACCAAACUCGUCUGCACCAUUGGGCCAGCCACAGACUCGGUCGAGAACAUUAACGAGUUGGUACACUACGGCAUGAACGUGGCACGGCUCAACUUUUCCCACGCCGGUGAUGACUACAGCUACCCCGAGCAAUGUCUGGAGCGAAUUCGGAACGCUCCUGGCAAGCACUUUCAGCUGGCGACGGGAGGUGCUACCAAUGAACAUGCCAAGUUUCUACCCAACAAUGUACGAGCCAUUCUCGUCGAUACCAAGGGACCCGAAAUUCGCACGGGACCGUUGCAAGGAGGCGUGGACGUGGCCGAAAUUGCCGUGGGUGAUCGUGUCGAUUUGACCACUCGAUCGGUGUCAUCCGAUCCCGCCCCCGAGGAUGGUCAUCAUGUCAUUCAAGUGGAUUACCAAUCCAUUGCCAAAUCACUCGAGCCUGGCAAACAGGCAUUGCUCGAUGAUGGGUUGAUUGCCUUGGAAGUGGUAGAAGUGGAUCCUUCCUCCGAGACUGUCACUUGUGUCGCCCUGAAUGGCGGCCCCAUCAAGAAGAAUAAAGGAGUCAAUCUACCGAAUACCGUCUUGGAUUUACCAGCCUUGACGGAAAAAGACAAGCGUGAUCUGAAAUGGGCAUGUGUAGUUGGAGCCGAUUUUGUGGCCGCUAGCUUUAUUCGAACCGCGGCCAAUGUCCGGUCCGUAGUGGCGUACCUGGAUAGGUGCAUUUCAGAACUACCCCGUGAGGUGGAUGCCCCAGCUCCCAGACGGCCACUAGUCAUUAGCAAGAUUGAAUCCAAAGAAGGAGUUGACAAUUUUGAUGAAAUCCUGGAGGCGUCGGAUGGGAUCAUGGUUGCUCGAGGAGACCUGGGCGUGGAAAUCCCAUACAGCAAGGUAUUUGCUGCACAGAAAAUGAUGGUCAACAAGUGUAACCGUUUGGGCAGAAGUGUCAUUGUUGCCACACAAAUGUUGGACUCGAUGCAGACCCGGCCCAGGCCAACUCGUGCCGAGGUGACCGAUGUCGGUACUGCCAUCUUGGAUGGCACUGAUGCUACCAUGUUGUCAGGAGAAACUGCCGCUGGAAACUAUCCCAUCGAAUCACUUCGUAGCAUGGCCAGCAUUGUUCAUGAAUCAGACUCGAUUCGGGAUGACACAUCCGAAGUCUUGUGGAACGAGGAGUUGCACGCUACCAUGCCUCCCGAAGAGCAGGAAUUGGAUGUCGUGGCGGCUGCGGCGGUGCGAUCGGCCAAGGAUAUGGGCGCCAAAUCUAUCAUCUUGAUUACUCAGUCGGGACGCGUAGCCCGAGCAGUGGCCCGUCAUCAACCCGCCGUUCCAGUCUUGUCCUUUUGCACAGAUGUUCAAGUGGCCCGUCGUCUGCAACUUCACAGGGCAUUGGUCCCUCUCCUGCUACAGUCCAACCUGGAUCCCAAAUGCGCCACCACUCGUUUGGGUACGCUGCGUGCAGAGGCGGUUCGUACCGCCAAGGAACUGGGUUUCAUCCAAAACGGGGAGCGCAUCAUCAUGGUAGAUCAAACCAAGGGCAAGAGCGGUGACCAUCACCGAUAUGCUCACAAUCUCAAGGUGGUGACCAUCCAAAGCGACAACUUGAGUGAAUUGUAAAUAGAAAGAAUACGAUACAAAACUAAUUUUACGGAGUGCCGACUUCAAGCUACAACGCGGGGUUUGAUAGAAUUUCACUUGUGGUAGACACAUUUACGCUAUUUUAAAACUUUGCUCUCACGUAUC